AUGAGCAUCGUAUUGGUCCAGACAAACCACAUGAUCUCAACACGAGGACUUCCUACUCCAGAUUACCACAUUAACAACACACAGGACCAGUUUCCUGGACACAGAUUCAGCAGUUUUGGUCCAGAGGUUAACAGACAGCCCUACCAGGACAACCCACCACAUCCACCCCAGGAGGUUAACAGACAGCCCUACCAGGACAACCCACCACAUCCACCCCAGGAGGUUAACAGACAGCCCUACCAGGACAACCCACCACAUCCACCCCAGGAGGUUAACAGACAGCCCUACCAGGACAACCCACCACAUCCACCCCAGGAGGUUAACAGACAGCCCUACCAGGACAACCCAUCACAUCCACCCCAGGAGGUUAACAGACAGCCCUACCAGGACAACCACCACAUCCACCCCAGGAGGUUAAACAGACAGCCCUACCAGGACAACCCACCACAUCCACCCCAGGAGGGUAACAGAUGGCCCUACCAGGACAACCCACCACAUCCACCCCAGGAGGUUAACAGACAGCCCUACCAGGACAACCCACCACAUCCACCCCAGGAGGUUAACAGACGGCCCUACCAGGACAACCCACCACAUCCACCCCAGGAGGUUAACAGACGGCCCUACCAGGACAACCCAUCACAUCCACCCCAGGAGGUUAACAGACGGCCCUACCAGGACAACCCACCACAUCCACCCCAGGAGGUUAACAGACAGCCCUACCAGGACAACCCACCACAUCCACCCCAGGAGGUUAACAGACAGCCCUACCAGGACAACCCACCACAUCCACCCCAGGAGGUUAACAGACAGCCCUACCAGGACAACCCACCACAUCCACCCCAGGAGGUUAACAGACAGCCCUACCAGGACAACCCACCACAUCCAACCCAGGAGGUUAACAGACGGCCCUACCAGGACAACCCAUCACAUCCACCCCAGGAGGUUAACAGACAGCCCUACCAGGACAACCCACCACAUCCACCCCAGGAGGUUAAACAGACAGCCCUACCAGGACAACCCACCACAUCCACCCCAGGAGGUUAA